AUUGGAAAUGUAUGUAUAGGGAACACACAGUUCGUAAGACAUGAACCUGUUCACCGGAUGACAUUUUGAACCUACCUCGGACUGGAACGGUAUGUUCUGUGAAGUACAGUAUUUCAAUUGGCGACUAAAAACCGGACCGUGGAGGCAAGAGGUGGCAGAUGCUACAGCGAUCGCGGCUUCGUAGAAACCUCCCUACCAACGCAUCGGUUUCCAAAUUAAAUCAAAAUAAGUUAUAUUCUCCGGGACAUAACUGCCGAUGAAGGACAGCAAGGAAGAGGUUCUUGGUAGAAAAUGGCUGCCCCUGAUCUUUUGGAUCCCAAAUCUGCAGCACAGAACUCCAAGCCUCGCCUUUCCUUCUCUGCUAAACCCAUUGUCUUAAACUUGGGGGAUGACUGUGAUACCAUUUCCAAGGCUCUGGAACAGGCCCAUGAGAGAUCCCAGAAGAUCACCAUCUUGGCUGAGAAGCUUGAAUUCCUCACCAGCCACUCCUGUGUCAAUUCAUCUGAACUUGAGGACUUUGUGAAGCAGGUGGUGGCCGCGGUGAGAACUGGCGUAAAUCCGUCAGGCAAUUCGUCCAAUGAGAUGAGCCUCUGGGACCUCAGCAGUUCCUUCUUCUUUGCUGGGACUGUCAUCACCACCAUCGGCUUUGGGAACAUCUCUCCACACACUGAAGGGGGAAAGAUAUUCUGCAUUAUCUAUGCUUUGUUGGGCAUCCCUCUCUUUGGUUUCCUGCUGGCUGGGGUUGGAGACCAGCUGGGCACCAUCUUUGGAAAAGGAAUAGCUAAAGUCGAGAAGAUGUUUGUGAAAUGGAACGUGAGUCAAACCAAAAUCCGUGUGACAUCCACCAUACUCUUCAUCCUGUUCGGGUGCCUGCUGUUCGUAACCAUACCUGCCAUCAUCUUUAAGCACAUUGAGGGUUGGAGUGCGCUUGAGGCCAUCUACUUCGUGGUCAUCACUUUGACGACCAUCGGAUUCGGUGAUUUUGUUGCUGGAGGAUCAGAGAUUGAAUACUUGGACUAUUACAAGCCAGCGGUGUGGUUCUGGAUUGUGGUCGGUCUUGCCUACUUUGCUGCUGUACUCAGCAUGAUAGGAGACUGGCUGCGAGUGCUGUCCAAAAAAACAAAGGAAGAGGUGGGGGAAUUCCGCGCCCACGCAGCAGAAUGGACAGCCAAUGUGUCAGCCGAGUUCAAGGAGACCCGGCGACGCCUGAGCAUCGACAUUUAUGACAAGUUCCAGAGGGCGGCCUCCAUCAAGCGCAAGCUGUCAUCUGAGCUGGGGCUCGGUCCUGGGCAGGAGGCACCACUGGGGAAGAGGGUCCCGUCUGUUAGCUUCACCAGCGAAAGGAACCAGGAUGUCAAGAAUGGCAGCCCAUACAUGAAUGGCCUUCAGCCCGACUGUGUUGACCACAGUGAGAUCGCCAUCAUCGAGCACCUCAAAUAAGGGCGCACACUGCGUUCCCUGCCUAGGUGACAACACUGCUCAGAAAAUUGCCAGUUCCAACCAAUUAACAUUAUACAGGCAAAGAGGUGUUCACAGUCAUAAUUCAAGUUUUUUGCACACUAUGGGGUCACUUUACACGUGGCCCCAGAUGAAUUUCCCUGUAGUUUAAACAAAGCUCCCAUUGUAUUACAGAAGAAGAAACACAAGUGCCUUAAAUGUGAAGUCAUAUUUUAAAUUCUUAAACUCUAAUGCAUGUUUUGAUAUGUAUGCUUGUCUGCUUAAGCUUUUUUGAUGAGGACAAGAGCGCACGCAAACUACAUAAUUUUUUCCAGACUUUUUUUACAGAUUUAUUUUUUUUUUUAAUAAUAAUUUUUGUCACCCAUAUUUUUUGUUUGUCUUUAAACUAUAUGGUAAUUGUUAAUAGCUAGCGGUGAGAUUUGAAGGCAUGGUUGAAGAAUGUUCAUGAGAUUGAUUCCCUUUUAUCACUGCUUUUAUCUUCAAAAUUUUCAGAGCUCAGCAAACACUAGGAUAAUCGAUACUGGUUUCCAUUAAAAGAGGGAAAAAUAUGUGGAUUCUUCAUCUUUUUUCUUAAUAUGUAUUUUUAUAUUGCUCUUGUUUUGCUUUUUAAUAGUACUUGGUAGAGCUAUUCCUUGGCAAAUAUAGCAUGACCCAAUAUAUUGUUGAUCCACAUCAAUGAGUUGUAAAUUUUGUUAAACUGCAUAAUUCUGAUGAAAAUAGCUCCUUGUUAGAAUAAGAUAGUCAUUGCAUGAUUUUUAUGCAAUUGUAUAUUUUUUUAAUAUUAUGUAAAAUCUGUUUUCAUGAUGACAUUAGUAAUCUUUUUGGUUUGUUUCAUGAAAUAUAUUUUAAUACAACUGCAAAAAAUUUAUAUGACUUUAAAAAUUAUGAAUUGUAGGCAGGUAUAUAGAAAAUGGUUGGAAAUAAUCUGUGACACUAAAAGUCAACAAUGCUAUGUUUUAAUAAAUGCAGACAAAAUAUGAA